CACGCAAACUUUUUGAUUGGCGUUGGCGCUCUUUUGCUUCCUUUCCUUUCAUUCGCUCUUUCAAUUCAAUUUACAGAAAAUGGCUUCCGAAGAAUUGGUGACUGAGCAAUUUCAAUUUUUCGGUUUAGAUGUACAUAAAGAAGUUAUAAGUAAAUGCGUAAGUUUAUGCGAAGAAUUGAACAUCGACGCUGAAUCUUUCAUAGAACAAUGGAUGGCCUUCAGUUUAAACCAUCUAAACGGAGCAGCGCCGAAUUUGGAUAACUUGGAUAUAUUUGUGAGAAAGGAAUUUUCCAAGCGGUCGGCGAAUCGCUUCAACGCUACCGCUAAAGAAAACGGACAAGUGGGUACCGGCACAAGUUUGACGGUUUACGGGGCGCCCGCUUCAGUUCAAUCAGACAAUGAAGUUCUAUCAAAUUAUAUGGCCACAACACCAAAGAGAGUUAAAGUUGAAAUUGAAUCUGCACCUAAUCAGACAAAUGACUUAUGUCCUGCCACUUAUUCACCAACAGUUGGUUCUGCAAAAUAUGCGUCUAGAACAAAUGUAGGUGCUGUAGUGCACUCCUAUGGUGAUGAAAAGUUAUUACAAAGUAUUGCUGAGCCUUGUGGUCCUGAUGAUAUUUUAAAUUUGAAAAUUACACAAGUAGCUAAUGAUGAAGGUGAAACAUACACUAAGGCAAUGUUUGGCUUUGAACUGCUUCAUGAGAAAGCUAGUACGUUCGAUAACAACAUUCGUUACUUAUCUCAAUGUAUCAUGAAGAAAUGUGGAAUCACUGAGGUUACAUCAGUUAAGUGUAAAACACAGGCAGAAGUAUCGGUGGCCGGUCGUAUCGAGUGUGACGCCGACGCAAGGCUGAACCCCAAGAGUGUCGUCCUACAGGGUACUUGGGACCAAUCGCUCAGUCAAGCAGUGCCUGUGGAUCUGGACGGUGUGAAGCAGUAUUCUUUAUUUCCUGGGCAGACCGUCGUGAUGCGAGGUGUGAACACCCGGGGUGACACAUUUGUGGCUCACGAGGUGUUUUGCGACGCAUCGCCUCCAAUAGCGGAUCAUAAAGCCGAUAUAAUGAAUACUUUAAAAGGUAAAUUGUCCUUAGUGAUAGCAGCAGGACCCUACACCACAUCAGACAACAUGGCCUAUGAGCCUUUAAAAGACUUAGUAACAUACAUAACUGCACACAGACCUCAUCUAGUUAUAAUGACGGGACCAUUUCUGGACAGUGAACAUACCAAAGUCAAAGACAAUACUAUGGCCGAAACUUUUAAAUCAUUUUUUGACAAAUUAAUUGAUAAUUUAGGUGAACUAAGUAACACUAGCCCAUACACAAAGAUAUACAUAGUUGCAAGUAAUAAAGACGCAUUCCACGUGAACAUCUACCCGACGCCAGCAUACCCCAGUCGGCGGAAACAUACAAAUAUACACUUCGUGCCUGAUCCGUGCACAUUCAAUAUCAAUGGCAUAGUCAUUGGGGUUACUAGCACAGACAUCCUCAUGCACAUCAGUCAAGAAGAGAUUUCAUCUGGCAUGAGUGGCGACAAAUUAUCACGGCUAGCAAGCCAUAUUCUGAUGCAGCAGAGUUACUACCCGCUAUGGCCGCCGGCACAGGGCAUGGCAGUAGACGCUGCUCUAUGGACUGCGCACGCGCAGAUGUCAUGCACACCACACAUUUUAGUUCUGCCCUCUAACUUCAGAUACUUUGUCAAGGAUGUAAAUGGCUGCGUUGUGGUGAAUCCGGAACAUUUAUCAAAGGGAACAGGCGGGGGAACAUUCGCUCGUCUACUGAUAGCCAGUGACAACGAAGACAAAAAAAUCUCGGCACAGAUUGUACGAAUUUAAUUAGCUAUAUGCCAGUAUUAAAAAUUCCUCCACUUUA